AGCUGUCCGUGGUGCUGAAACCGUUAGUAGCACACGCACAACAUUGUUUACAAACAUCGGAUCUGAUCAGCUCAUCAAAUCUAUGGACAGAAAACGUUUGUUUUUCCCGAGCUAGUGCUAGUCAAAUACUUUAUUAUUAACAGUUAGCGAACUAAUAGUCUGCUUUGUGAUUCACUAUGUCUAUGAUGCUAAACAAGGCACGGAAGCAAUGCUACUGAACUGCUUUGCGACAGAAAAUAACUGAUAUGUAGACACCUCCUCCGUGUGUUUACAGACAGACUCUGGAGCGAUCAUGGACCCACGGUCUGAGGGAUCCGACCCCCGGGCCGAGGGAACUGACUACGUUCCCAACAGUAUUCCCUAUGUUCCGGAGCAAAGGUCUGAGCUGUGUGUGUCGGAGGCUCACAGCCAGCAGCUACUGGGCAUGCUCAGAUCGUUCAGAGAGAGAGGCCUGCUUUUUGACUUCACUAUAACAGUCCAGGACCAGACCUUCCCCUGUCACCGCUGUGUCCUGGCGGCCUGCAGUGACUUCUUCAGGGCCAUGUUUGAGUUGGACAUGCGUGAGUGUGGUGAUGGGAUGGUAACCCUGGGUAACCAGUCUCCGGAAGCCGUGCGCUGCUUCCUGGACUUCUGUUACUCUGGAGAGAUGGUCGUCACCCAUGAAAACGUAGACAUGCUGUUCCAGCUCGCCUCUUUCCUACAGGUGUCUGUACUCUUCAGAGCAUGCAGUGACUUCCUGAUCGGAACCCUGGAGCUCUCCAACUGCCUGAUGCUAUUGGCUCUCGCCGAGGGAUACGGCUCCGCCUCCCUCCUCCAGCAGGCCAAUGAGUUUGUAGUUCAGAACUUCCACGACCUCUCAAUGACUCCAGACUUCCUGGAUAUGCCGUUGGGCGUGCUUGAGUUAUGUCUGGGGUCGGACAGUCUGAGCGUGCCCAGUGAGGAGGUGGCGGUGAGGUCAUCGCUGAGGUGGACAAGUCACGACCUCCAGACCAGACAGAGGCUGUUGCCACGGCUACUCGCACUGCUACGGCUUUACCACGUACCCACACACACCCUGCAGGCCCUGGCCCGGACUGAGAAUCUCCUCUCAGAGGACCAACUCUGUGUUAGUCUGGUCAGUGAUGCAGUGAGUAGACAGACACAGCUCAGUGGUCUACUGCCAGAUGCCAGACCAGCCACCACACAGUCUUACAUCUACAUCCACAAGACAGAGGAGAACGGAGAGAUACACCACAGCUUCUGUUACUGCCUGGACACAGACCAAUGGAGAGAGCUGCCUCAGGGCCAGGGGGCGGGUUUUAGGAUGACCCCUGACCCCCCAGGCUCCUCCCUCACCAGCUACGCCGAGAAGUUGUUUGUGACAGGUGGUUGUCGGGGCAACUGUUGCCGCACGGUGCGUCUUCACGUGGCAGAGCCAUUCCAUGAUGCGACAGCGGAGGUUUGGUGCUACUGCCCCAUCACACACACCUGCACCCCUGCCCCGGACAUGGGGAAACCCCGUACCAUGCACACAGCUGUCACCACCCUGGGCAGACUGUAUGUGCUAGGAGGGAGGACCGGAGGAGAGAGGGAUGGGGCUCCUAGCCUAAUGGAGGUGGAGUACUAUGACCCCCUGGCCAAAACCUGGACAUCCGUCAGCUCUCUGCCCACGGCUAUCUACUACCCAGAAGCUAGUGCGUGCGGCAGCAUCAUCUACACAUUGGGGUCGUCAGUGGAGAUAUCGGACUCCUUCAACCCUUCGCUGGACUGUUUCCUGCGCUACGAUGCUGUUUCUGACCAGUGGAGCCACCUGGUGGCAGAGUUUGGUCAGUUUUUCCAUGCCACCCUGGUCAAGGCUGUGUCUGUCAACAACACUCUACACCUCUGUGACUUGUCUACAUAUAAGGUAUACAGUUUCUGUCCGGAGACGUGUGUGUGGCAAGGGGAGGGGUCGUUCGAGUGUGCCGGGUUCAACGCAGGCGCCGUGGGUGUGGCCAACCGAAUCUACAUCCUGGGAGGAGACUACUCACCUGAUGAGAUCACUGACGAAGUCCAGGUGUACCACAGUGGGCGGGGCCAGUGGGAGGAAGUGACGCCAAUGCCACGCCCCCUGACAGAGUUUCACUGUCAGGUCAUCAGCUUCAACAGAUACAGAGACCCCUGGGGAGGGAGGGACACAUAACACACACACACACAAGCAUGUGUGCACACACACAAACCCUGGGAUUAAAAGCUGCACACCGCAUCAAUGAAAUAAAUUAUGUUUUGUCAUAUCUAAUUUUUAUCACAUUUUAUGUUAUAUAUUUAUUUAUAAACUGGGGGAUUCGAGCCCUGAAUGCUGAUUGGCUGACAGCCAUGGUAUAUCAGAUC